AUGUCCUCUCGCUCGGGCCUGACGGGCAGGGGGGGUUAUUGUGUGUGUGAGGCUAGGAGUGCGCGGUACCGGCGGCAGAGCGGAGCGUAGUUACUGGGCAACUUCUAACGGAAUUCCUCACGGCGACGCUCGGACCUCCGGAACAUGGCUGGUGGUAAGGCUGGCAAAGAUAGCGGGAAGGCUAAGGCCAAAGCUGUAUCUCGCUCCCAAAGAGCAGGCUUGCAGUUUCCAGUGGGCCGUAUCCACAGACACUUGAAGACCCGUACUACAAGCCAUGGACGUGUUGGUGCUACAGCAGCUGUAUACAGUGCUGCAAUUCUGGAAUAUCUCACUGCCGAAGUUUUGGAGCUGGCAGGAAAUGCCUCCAAAGAUCUAAAGGUGAAGCGUAUCACUCCUCGUCACUUGCAGCUAGCCAUCCGUGGAGAUGAAGAGUUGGACUCUCUCAUCAAGGCAACCAUUGCCGGAGGAGGUGUCAUUCCCCACAUCCACAAAUCGCUGAUUGGAAAAAAGGGACAGCAGAAAACUGCAUAAGGAAUCAGUGUCCUGCUGCCCUCUACUAUUGUACUGUAACUGGGACAGAAGAAAAAAAAAUGGGGAUAUGUGGAAUUUGUUUUGUUUAUUUUCAUUUAAUUUUUUUUUAAAGAACUAGUUAAAUGGAAGAGCAUAGACACCAGAGUGUAGAUUUGAGAACAUUUGUAUGUUGUUUAGGUAAAGUUUCACAGAAAAGUUCUUUGAGUCAUGUGACUGAAAUCUGUGUGUUGAUUGGCUAGGUUUCUCCCGUGUGUUUUAUACAAAAAUGGAACAGAUAAACCAUUUUUUACAUA